AUGCCUAAGAAAGCUAGUUUGAAACGAAAUACACGUACCUCCAAAAAAGCAUCUGCAAGUCAAAAGAAAUUUACAUCUUCUAAACCAAUCAAGAGCAAUGAUAUUCAUAAUGACCUGGAUAAGGAUGUCGAAAACUAUUACUCUAAACCCGAAGAUUCUGAAUCUGAAGACUCUAACUCUUUUAAUAAUACACGUAUCUCUAAGAGAGCGUCUGCCAACCAACAGACGUUUACAUCUAAUAAAAAACAAACGUUUUCAAUCAAGCACAACGAAACCCUUAAUGACAUGACUAAGAAUAUUGGAAGUCGUAAUCUUGAAGACUAUAAUAAUGAAGACUUUGACUCCAUUAAUAAAUCACCUUUGAACAACAAUGUUGAGGAUUCGCGAGGCAAUCUCGGUCACGAUAUUCUUGUUCUCGAUCACCAAGGAGCUAUCAACCACCCAGGCAUUCUCAACAUUCACGUUAUUCUCAUUCACAAUCACCAAUACAACUUCAUUCACGUCAUUCUCUUUCUCGAUCACCAAGAUGCUCUCGUUCUCGAUCACCAAGACGCUCUCAUUCUCGACACAUUCGUUCGCAACAUUCUCGUUCUCGAUCACCAAGACGCUCUCGUUCUUGACACAUUCAUUCGCAACGUUCUCAUUCUCGAUUACAACGAUAUCAACGUUCUUGAUCCCGGUCAAUAUGAUGGUCUUAAAAAGUCAAAUGAUAAAGAAAGCACUGAUGUUCUUACUCAACAA